UCUUUAAUAACCUCCUCUAGUACUUCUUGAUUACCUUGGUUAAUCUUCUUAUGAUUUGUUCUUGCAAUCUGGUUUUCAAUUUGUGUCUGUACAUGCCUUUGAUGGUGUUUUGGGAUGUCGGUUUGAAAUUCCAUAUAGGGGAUUUUGGUCAAGGGCUUUGGUAGCAAGUGGGGUCUAGGGAUCUUGGUUGGUUUUGACUAGUGUUGAUGAAAGAUUAUUGCUUCACUACUUUAAUUAUUCUAUUGUUACUAUUAUUGCUUCACUUGCAAGUUCUUGUUAGCUGUUCCUUUUUGUGGUUCCUAAGAUGUUUUGGGAUGUGGUAUUUUAACUUUCUUCUUCUGAGAGUUUCCUUAGCAGUAUUUGUUAAACACUUCCUACACUGAACGGAACUUGUGGGCUUCUUGAUUUAAGUUCAUGGGGAUUUGGUUCAGCAGGAGCUAAGCUUUGAUUUCAGUAAUGGUGGUGCUGGAAAUUGUUCCAAUGAUUUUCCUCAAAUGGGUAUUCUUGGCCUUCAUCAUUUGUUCAUCUUGGGGUCUCAAAACCCCACAUCAACCCUGUGAUUCAAGUGAUUUGGUGGCGCUGAAGGAAUUUGCAGGAAACCUCACAAAUGGUUCAAUUAUUAAAACAUGGUCUGAUGAGACCAGCUGCUGUCGAUGGGAUGGUGUUGUUUGUGGGAGCAAGACUAAUGGAUCAUUGACUGUCAAUAGAGUUACUAUGUUGAUUCUUCCACAGAAAGGUCUCAGAGGGGUAAUCUCUGUCUCUUUGGGCAGUUUAGAUCAACUAAAAUCACUUGAUCUUUCUUACAAUCAUCUUGAAGGUGGAUUGCCUGUGGAGCUUUCAAACUUGAAGCAGCUGGAAUUCCUUGAUUUGAGCCACAACAACCUUUCAGGACCAGUUUUGGGUUCACUUUAUGGGUUACAAUUGAUUCAGUCAUUGGACGUCUCUAGCAAUUUAUUCAGUGGAUAUAGCUUUGGGCCUGUGGAGUUCCCGGAUCUUGUUGUAUUCAAUGUAAGCAACAAUUCCUUCACUGGCAAGGUUGAUUAUCACAGCUUCUGCAACUCCAAUGGGGUUCAGAUCCUUGAUUUGUCAAUGAACCAUUUCGUUGGCGAUCUCAAGGGUUUGGAGAAUUGCGGCAGAACUCUUCAACAAUUGCAUCUUGAUUCCAAUUCAUUUUCAGGCUAUCUUCCAGAUUCUUUGUAUUCAAUGUCUUCCUUGGAGCAACUCUCAAUCUCCAGUAACAAUUUCUCUGGCCAGUUAAGCAGGAACUUGAGUAAUUUCCUGAAACUGAAAAGACUGAUUAUAUAUGGUAACAAGUUUUCAGGUGAACUUCCUGAUGUAUUUGGGAACAUUACCCUUCUGGAACAGUUUGUUGCACACACAAAUUUGUUUUCCGGGACACUGCCUUCGACUCUGGCAUCGUGCUCAAAGCUUCGAAUUCUGGAUCUUCGAAACAAUUCCCUAUCAGGUCCUAUUGAUCUUAAUUUCACUGGAAUGUCUAGUCUUUGCACUCUUGAUCUUGCUAGUAAUAAUUUUUCUGGGUCCCUCCCGAAUUCCUUAUCCGAUUGCCGUGAAUUGAAAAUCAUGAGUGUGGCAAAAAAUGACUUAAGUGGUAAGGUCCCCAAGGGUUUCGCCAAGCUUACAUCUCUAUUGUUUCUCUCAUUGUCAAACAAUAGUUUUGUCGACUUAUCGGGAGCACUAUCUGUGCUGCAACAGUGUAGGAACCUCACCACUCUCAUCCUCACUGAGAAUUUUGUUGGUGAAGAACUCCCCCAGAAUGUGAGUGGAUUUGAAAACUUAAUGAUUUUGGCACUUGGGAAUUGUGGUCUCAUGGGCCAAAUCCCAGAUUGGCUGUUGACAUGCAAGAAAUUAGAAGUUCUUGACUUGUCGUGGAAUCGCUUGAAUGGAAGCAUCCCUCCUUGGAUUGGCCAGAUGGAGAAUUUGUUUUAUUUGGAUGUCUCAAAUAACUCACUUACUGGAGAGAUUCCAAAAGGUUUGUCAAAGCUCAAGAGCCUUAUAGUCUCGAAAUGCAGUUCAUCCAAUCUCACCUCUUCUGGCAUUCCACUCUAUGUCAAGCGAAACCACAGCGCUAGUGGUCUGCAAUACAAUCAGGCCUCUAGUUUUCCUCCUUCGAUUUUCUUGAGCAAUAAUAAGAUCUCUGGGAAAAUCUUGCCUGGAAUUGGAAAACUGAAACAGCUCCAUGUCUUGGAUUUGAGCAGGAACAACAUCACUGGAACCAUCCCUAUCUCCAUUUCUGAUAUGGAUAACCUUGAAGUUUUAGAUUUUUCGAAUAAUGAUUUGUAUGGAACAAUCCCUUUAGCAUUUGAGAAGCUCAAUUUCCUUUCAAAGUUUAGUGUGGCGAAUAAUCACUUGCAGGGAGCAAUACCGACUGGAGGACAAUUCUCUAGUUUUCCCAGUUCAAGCUUUGAGGGCAAUGCAGGACUUUGUGGGGGAAUUGAUUCUCAUUGUGGUCCUCUUAAUAGUAUGCUGAAGCCUGCCAUUCCAUCCAUCACAGACAGUAAAAUUGGUCGAAGUGGCAUACUUGGACUAACAAUCAGUAUAGGACUUGGGAUUGUGUUGCUUCUUGCAGUUGUUCUGCUUAGAAUAUCGAGGAGGGAUGUUGGGGAUCGAAUUGAUGAUUCGGAUGAGGAACUCAGCAGGCCACAUAGGUUAUCUGAAGCACUUGGGCCGUCAAAGUUGGUCCUUUUUCAGAAUUCUCAUUGCAAAGAUCUUGCAGUUGCUGACUUGUUGAAAUCCACUAAUAAUUUCAACCAAGCAAACAUAAUCGGUUGUGGCGGGUUUGGUCUGGUUUACAAAGCCUACCUCCCGAAUGGCUCAAAAGCUGCAAUCAAGAGACUUUCCGGGGAUUGUGGUCAGAUGGAGCGUGAAUUCCGAGCUGAAGUGGAAGCCCUUUCUAGGGCUCAGCACAAAAAUCUUGUUUCUCUUCAAGGAUAUUGCCAACAUGGUAAUGACCGAUUGUUAAUUUACUCGUAUAUGGAGAAUGGAAGCUUGGAUUAUUGGCUCCAUGAGUGUGUUGAUGGAGGUUCAAUUCUUAAGUGGGAAGUGAGACUCAAAAUAGCUCGGGGUGCGGCACAUGGAUUAUAUUACUUGCACAAGCUUUGCGAGCCACAUAUAGUUCAUCGUGAUGUAAAAUCAAGCAACAUACUUUUAGAUGAAAAGUUUGAAGCUCAUUUAGCAGAUUUUGGUCUUUCAAGGCUACUCCGCCCUUAUGAUACUCAUGUCACUACAGAUUUGGUUGGUACAUUAGGUUAUAUCCCUCCUGAAUAUAGUCAGACGCUAAUGGCAACUUGCAGGGGUGAUGUUUACAGUUUUGGUGUAGUUCUUCUUGAGCUUCUCACCAGUCGAAGGCCUGUCGAAGUUUGCAAAGGGAAAAGAAACUGCAGGGAUUUAGUGUCAUGGGUGUUUCAAAUGAAGUCCGAGACAAGGGCGGCGGAGGUCUUAGAUUCAUCAAUUUGGGACAAAGAUCAUGAUAAGCAACUGUUAGAAGUGCUUGAAAUUGCUUGUAAAUGCUUAGACCAGGAUCCGAGACGGAGACCCUUAAUAGAAGAAGUUGUUUCAUGGCUUGAUGGUGUUGGAUUCGAGGGUGCUCAACAGUGAAACCUCGAACGGUCUAUUCUCGAUCUCUGCCAACAUUGCAAGGUGCAAGGUAUAAUAAUAAUAACUGUAUAUUGACAUUGUCUAGAGUUUUUGUACUUGGAAUGAGUAACUUCCAAAGUUUCAAUGGUUUCUUAUAUAAACAGUUUUUAGUAUACUAGCACAUGAGCAUUGUAUACAUAGACUAUCUCUGUUGUUUGAUUGAUAGUAUAUCUGUAACAUAUUAUGCAGACAAUUAGUGUUCAUUAAGAAAACAAUCAGUCUGUCUGUCUUUCUUUC